UGUCUGGUCGCUCAGUGGAAGAUCUUGGACCACGCCAAAGGAUUUCUGAAAGAGCAGGAAGCCCACCUGAGCAGACUGAUGCUACUGAAAGGGAUAUUCCUCGGUAAUGAAGACGGGCCGUGCAGCUUGGAGGAAGUGAGGGCAGAGUACCGGAGGCUGCAGUCACACAGCAGCUCCCUGCGCUCCAGAAGACCUGGUGGCCCCAGGCGUCAUGGCGGGGCUGACGGAGAGGACCUGACUGAGACCAGUGAGGAAGACUCUGAGGAGGAGACUCUGGAUGACUCCGCCCCCUCUCAGACCUCCAUCAACUCUCUAACCAACAUCCUGGAGUUUGAAGGGUACUUGUUGUUCUACAGACAGACACUGGAGAAGUUGGUUUGUAGCGGUGUGCUGAGCCCGGGACAGACUGGUCUGGCUGUAGUAUCUGAAGCUAUCUCAGGCCUGUGGGAUAGCUUCUCUCCAGAGCGCCGGGCAGCCUACCAGACCUGUCCCCCCCAGCAGAGCACCCUGGGCUGGGAUGGGCCGGCAGAGACACCCCCUAAUCCUGUUCCAGACACCCACCUCCACCUCACGCUCCAGCCCUCCACUCAGGCAAACAGACAGGGAGCCUCUUCUCCUUCUAGCUAUGAAGAGGACCUGCUUCAGGAUGCCUAUGAUGUGGUGAAGAAAGAGAUGGACUCCACUUCAGACCACAGUCCUGUCCUGGCCUCUCCUCAGUGUGGGGACUUUGACAAGUUCCGGGAGAUCUAUAAGGACAUCAUGUGUUUCGUCAAGACUCAGAUGGUGGAGAAACCAGAAUAUAACCAGGACGUGUGUCUGUCUGCUACGAGGGACCACGAGGAGAUCUUUCUCCAGUGCUCCGAGUCCUUCGACAGUGAGGACAUGUGAAUCACAGGAGGCUGCUGACGGGAGGACGGCUCAUAGAAAUGUCCGGAAACGAAGCAAACACCCGGAAACCAUGGAAACCAUGUGUGAUGUAUUUAAUACUUCUCCAGUCAUUACCCACAAGCCUGUUCUCCUCAAUUAACCUGUUCACCAACUUCCUGUUUCUGGGACCAAUCAGAAUGUGUUUGAUAUAUUUAAUACCGUUCCACUGAUUCAGCUCCAGUCAUUACCCACAAGCCUUUUCUCCCCAAUUAACCUGUUAACCAACUUCCUGUCAUGUGAACACCUAUUAGUUGAACAAGUGUUUGUUCCUGGUGACAUGAUUGUGUUGCUUUGUUAUGGACUUGAUAAAUGAUCACGUUUUGGGAUUUGUUUUUAUAAAUGUUCAGCUUUUCUACCUGU